AUGGCACGCAUCGCCUCGUCGCUUCAUCGUACGUCGGACAGUAGGGGCGUCUGGUCGUUGUCGACCGGGCGCUCUGGUGGUCCUGGUCCUCUUGAUGGCGACCGGCUGUCGGGUCGCCGCAAGACCGCUGUCACCAGCCACGGCCGGACAGACGACCACUGGGCUCGACGCAGUCGCCGGACGACAACCACCAGCAGCCAGAGCAGCAGCGCAACGAGCAACGUGCUGGACCCGGCCACCAGCGCCGUCAGGCUCGUAAUCGUCGAUACCUGGCAGCCCAGGGGCCGUGUGCGCAGCUCCCAGCGCUCGGCCCAGUGCGGGCAGACGAAGUCGCCCUCCCAAGCCGGUGCCAGCGCCGGGAUGCGGUAG